UUUAGGAGCGGGGUGUCAUUCCCCAUUUCCAUUCCGAUAAGGCAGAGGGGAGAGGUCGAGCGGCGGAGGAGGGGGAGGCGAUUCCUUGUGUUCAUGGUGAUUUCGAGCUCAUCCACGGCAGGAUACUGACUUCUUCCUCUUGUUUCUCGUCGUCCGCGGCUGCUCUGCUACUAACUCAAUGGGCAGACUACGGAAAGCCUGUCCCAAGGAUGUCCGCUUGUUUCUUCAGUCGAGAGUGCUGAUUCUUCAAAAGAACCUUUCGUGCCUAACGAUUUUGCUGAUGAUAAUGCUAUGUCUUUGGAUUCUUCUGGUGAUGAUGAAGAGCUUGGCAAAGCACUUUACAAUUUCUAUGUGAAAAAUAAGGUCAAGCACCUGAAGAGGAAAUUGUCUUCUGUUAGUAGAAGGAAUGUUAGGCAGAAACGAUCUUCUGAUUACCCUGUUUGUUCGACGUUCACUCGAUAUUCUGGAAAGUUCUUCUCAGGAGUUGUUGAUGGCAUGUGUUCUAGGUACAAGGAUUCAGAAGUAUGGCAUGGGCUGUCUCCUUAAUUUUGUCCGGGCCGAGGUUCCUCUUAGGCUAGUUAAGUGGCUUGCAUCUAGGUUCGACGUUCCUGCUUCUGAGUUUCAGUUGAAAAGGAAAUUCAUACCCUUAACUAAGUAUGAUAUCCAUGACAUCCUUGACCUCCCAGUAGAUGGUGAGCCACUUGUUUCAGAUCCUGAGGCUGGUCGUGAUUUUAUCCUCUCUCAUUUCAAUCUUACCAGUAUCCCACCAGUGUCCUUUUUUGCCAACAAGCUUAAAUCUGUAGAAGUUGAUUUGCUUGAUGAGGACGUCUUCAUUUUUUUCAUGAUUGUGGCUUUCUCUACUUUCCUUUGUCCCAACUCUAGCCUCAGUCCUAGUCCGAAGUACCUCCACAUCUUUCAGGAUUGUCAGUCUGUGCGUUCCUAUGAUCUUUCUAGUUUUGUUUACGAGUGGCUUUUGAGUAGCAUCAAAAAAUUCAAGGAUGCUACUAAAGUUGCCUCCAAAAGAUCAGUGACCUUCGGUGGAUGCCAUUAUGCAUUUGCCGUAGCUUACCUUGAUCAUUUGAACUUUGGGCUUCAGUCUGUACCUGAUGUGAAACCUCGUAUGCUUGCAUGGAGAGGCAACAAAGUCAAGCAAUUUGCAGAGCUUGACCGAAACAACAGUUGCUCUUUUGGAAAGAGGCCCCUAAAAUGACCAUGUGCUCCAACUAAUUUGCAGGUUCUGUUGAAAAAUCCUCGGGCAGUAAGAGUUUUGAUAUUGGCCCUUCUGAUGGUUCUUUUGCAAUGAAAGUUCAAAGAACUAUUUGCCCUCACUUUGGAUCUCAGAUAUUUUGUUGUGGUUAGAGUGUACUUUUCUGAGCAUUUUAAUUGUUGCUUUUUGCUGAUUUUGUCCCUUGUUCAGACUGCUCUUGAAGUCAUUGAGCUUGUUCAGACUAGAAACCAAGACAAACCUAAGAUAUUCAUUAAUUGGGCAGAGUCUCUUGUUUUAAAUGUUCUGGAAUGUGUGUUGAAUUCAUCUAUGCCCAAAGUGUCUGGAAGCGAGCAUCAGUCUAUGAGCAAAUUCUCUUUUGGUAACAAGUCUGUCUCAUUUCAUUCUGCUAUCGCCAAUGGUGUUUUUGCUAAAUCUGAUGGUAUUCCAGAGGUUGCUAUAUCUGAUGCUAUUCCGGAGGUUGCUAAAACUGAUGUUGCCCCAGAGGUUCCUACGUCUGAUGGUAUUCCAGAGGUUGCUACAUCUGAUGGUAUUCCAGAGGUUGUUGUACAGCAAGAGAGUCGUCCUGCGGUCACUCCAGAUGUUGUUACUCCCAUUGUCCCUCCUGCUGUUAUCUUUGGUGGUUUACAUAAUCCAGUUGUUCUAUCUAGCUCUUCAACACCAGCUAAAGUGCGUAAUGAGGCUGUUGCAAAAGAAGGUCAUGUUCCAGUAUGCGCCUUGUUUUCCAAAGUUAAAACAAAAGAUUCAAUUGCUGCAGUCCACCCAAAGGUAUUUCUCCUUCAAAGUCUAAAUGUGAUAUCACUGAUGUCGAUUCUUUCGUGUUGCUUUCAGAUGGCCCUGCUAAGGAUUGUAAUGAGAAAGAUGUUGUUAAUGCUUUUGGGAUUCCUUCUUUUGCUGAGCUUAAUCGUGCUCUUGGUAUUCAGUCUCCUUCUAAUGUCUGCAAUUACACCCCAGUUCAUGCUCAUGGAAAAUCUCCUAUGGAAGAUACAAAUUCUUUUAGAGACCUGUCACCCCUUGUUCCAAUUCGCUUGUCGCAGUAUUUCCGUAAUGAGUUGGGUGAUGUCCAGUGUUCUCAGUAUGUUGCCGACAGAUAUCUGAAGUCGUUUAAUUCACCUAAUGACGAGGAUUGUAUUGUUAUGGUUAAUGUCGAUCACUCUGAUAAUUCAAAGCCAACCAAUCAUGUGAACUUAUGUUCUCCUGAUGUAAUCUU